AUGCUUGUCGAUCCUCUCGGACGUCUGGACUAUGAAGGCUUCAAGCUAGCGGUGGUAUCCUUCGUGCAGUCCGGCGACGAGAAUGUCAUUCCCUUGUUGGGCUCCAAACCAUCACCCGGUGCUCCCAAGCCAUCUGCGUCUGAUACCUCCAAGAACGCCAAGAAACCUCUGGCCCGCAAGGCAGCCUUCGACACUGAUGAUUGCUACGCCCAAGUUCACCUUGCCAUCACCAAGUCCCUGGGGCUAGAUCAAAAGGCCUGUUUGCGUUGUGGCCAGAACGCCAACCACUUUGCAAGAGAUUGCAACUCUCCCAACAUCUACAGAUGUGCCGACCGUUGCCAGACGUGCGGGGACCUACGAUCUGAGAAUCAUCGCUGUAGGAUUUCCCCACGGAGGGUGGUGUGUUCAAGGUGUCAUAAAACAGGGCACGUUGCUGGUGUCUGCCGUAGUCAGCGCAAGAGCAGCUCUGGCAAGCGCAUUCAAGGACAAGUUUCCUGUCACUAA